GCAGCGGCAGCAACCAAUCACCAUGCCAUUACAGCCUUCAGAGGAAGCUGUUUAUGGGACUGCAGCGCUAAUUAGGCUCAUGAACUAACAAAUCUGCCUGCACGAACCCGGCGAGGAAAACGAUCACAUCCAUGGAUUAGUCUGGGAGUCGCCGAGCACUCUUUGAUUCUGGCUUUCUUCACAUAGCCGCCUUUCCCCAACUUAUUUACUGCUCACAAACUUUCCCUCUUUCCAGCGCGUGGAGUAUUUUUUAAGCGAGAGAGCCUACAAAAACUUUAACUUAAGCUGGGGAAUCUGGACUAUCAGACCAUGUUUCAGCCUACACCCAAGAGGUGUUUCACUAUAGAGUCUUUAGUGGCGAAGGAUAAUCCCGUACCGGCGUCCCGCUCCGAGGAGCCCAUCAGGCCAGCGGCUCUCAGCUAUGCAAACUCCGGCCAGAUGAACCCAUUUCUCAACGGCUUUCACUCCGGCGGCAGGGGCGUCUACUCGAACUCGGACUUGGUAUUUGCCGAGGCGGUCUCCCAUCCGCCCAACUCCGCCGUCCCGGUGCAUCCGGUGGCCCCGCCGCACGCUCUGGCCGCUCACCCGCUCUCCUCCUCGCACAGUCCGCACCCUCUUUUUGCCAGCCAGCAAAGGGACCCAUCCACCUUCUACCCCUGGUUAUUACACAGAUAUAGGUACUUGGGACACAGAUUUCAAGGUAAUGAAACGAGUCCGGAGAGCUUCCUUUUGCACAACGCGCUUGCCAGAAAGCCCAAAAGAAUCCGGACAGCUUUUUCACCCUCGCAGCUCCUCCGGCUCGAACACGCAUUUGAGAAAAACCAUUACGUGGUGGGAGCAGAGAGGAAACAGCUCGCGCACAGCCUUAGCCUCACAGAAACUCAGGUAAAAGUGUGGUUUCAGAACCGAAGGACGAAGUUCAAGCGGCAGAAGUUGGAGGAGGAGGGCUCCGAGUCUCAGCAGAAGAAGAAGGGAUCGCAUCACAUAAACCGAUGGAGACUGGCCACUAAACAGGCGAGCCCAGAGGAAAUUGAUGUCACUUCGGACGAUUAGGAAAAAGACCAUAGGCGUCUGAAUGAAGGACGACGUGGAUAAAGGAGGCCACGCAGAGACAGUGAGAGGGUAAAAAGCCAAUGUCGCAUUUCAGAUCUCCGGAGAUCGGCAGCUGAGGGUGAGGGGACCCGGACUGGUGGCCCCUGCUGUCACCGUGUGGCUCUGUCAGCCCUAAAAGUGACUGACAGCGUCAGUCCAUCUACCUGACCCCUUCAAACCUCCUCCAAUGUCCCGACACUUAUUUCUCCUCCAGUUCAUAUUGGACGUUUGCACUUCAGAAGGUUUUUUUUUUAGCAAAAAAACGAAAAGAAAAGAAAGAACUAAAGAUACCAAAACACCAAACAGCUUUUUUAAAACUUGAAUUGCAUGGGAUCUUUUUCCUGGUAGUUGUUUUCAUUUGACACGUUUUCUCCAACGAAGAAGAAAAAAAAAGAGAAUCUUGUUUUUCACUCCUCUAUUUUCAAACAGAGAUGUCGUGCUCUUUCCUUUUUACAGUGUGCAGUCUUUCAUUCUCGUGUCAAAGUGAUUGUGAAAAACAUGAAGUAGCGGUGCUGCGUUAUAGUGUUUUUAUUUUAAGAGAACUCAAAUUCGAAUAAAAAGCCUUUCUUAAACGGAAUCAGACCACAAUGAAGUACUGAUCAGGACAUUCCUCUGACAUAAAGCUUUACCCAUGUGUCGCUGCGGCCCCAGCAGCCUGUCAGGACUCACGAAGGACUAAAGCAAGCCUAAAAGAGAAAAAAGCACUGAGCGUAUUCCAUGUACAGAAAUGCUUCAGAUUAAUGUUUCUGUUCAGCCCUCUUUUACAGAAUGUACAUAUUUUUGUGUUUGUGUUAAGUUUGCUACAAUUUUAACACAAAAUAUAUACUUCCAAGAAGUAUGUAAUUGUCAAUAUUUUGUCAAUAAAGUUUUAUCAAUAUGUCGCGCGCAGUCAAAGUUUAGGCUUUUUC